AUGGGUAGCAACACGGAAUCCGAUGCCGAAAAGGCAUUGGGCUCUCGCCUGGAUUACGAUUUGAUGAUGGCCGAGGAGUAUAUCCUCAGUGAUGUGGAGAAGAAUUUCAUAUUGGCCUGCGAGCGUGGUGAUCUGCCGGGUGUCAAAAAGAUUCUCGAGGAGUACAUGGGCACGGACAAGUUCAACAUCAACUGCACGGAUCCCAUGAAUCGCUCCGCUCUGAUUUCGGCCAUCGAGAACGAGAACUUCGACCUGAUGGUGAUCCUGCUGGAGAACAACAUCGAGGUGGGCGACGCCCUGCUCCAUGCAAUUUCCGAGGAGUAUGUGGAGGCCGGAGAACUGCUGCAGUGGGAGGAGACCAACCACAAGGAGGGCCAGCCCUACAGCUGGGAGGCGGUGGACCGCUCCAAGUCCACCUUCACCGUGGACAUCACGCCCCUUAUCCUGGCCGCCCACCGCAAUAACUACGAGAUACUCAAAAUCCUCCUGGAUCGCGGGGCCACGCUGCCCAUGCCGCACGACGUCAAGUGCGGCUGCGAUGAGUGUGUGACCUCCCAGACGACGGACUCCCUGCGCCACUCGCAGUCGAGGAUCAACGCCUACAGGGCACUCUCGGCCAGCUCGUUGAUAGCACUUAGCUCUCGGGACCCUGUACUGACCGCCUUCCAAUUGUCCUGGGAACUGAAGCGCCUGCAGGCGAUGGAAUCGGAGUUUCGUGCCGAAUACACGGAGAUGCGUCAGAUGGUGCAGGACUUCGGAACCUCGCUUCUGGACCACGCACGCACAUCCAUGGAGCUCGAGGUGAUGCUCAACUUCAACCACGAGCCGUCCCACGAAAUCUGGUGUCUCGGCCAGCGACAGACUUUGGAUCGAUUGAAGCUUGCCAUUCGAUAUAAGCAGAAGACGUUUGUGGCACAUCCGAAUGUCCAACAGUUAUUGGCCGCCAUUUGGUAUGAUGGACUACCAGGAUUCCGGCGCAAGCAGGCCUCCCAGCAGCUGAUGGAAGUGGUGAAACUGGGUUGCAGUUUCCCCAUCUACAGUUUGAAGUACAUCCUGGCCCCGGAUUCCGAGGGGGCCAAGUUCAUGCGCAAGCCCUUUGUCAAGUUCAUCACGCACUCCUGCUCCUACAUGUUCUUUUUGAUGCUUUUGGGUGCCGCCUCAUUGAGGGUGGUGCAAAUCACCUUUGAACUCCUGGCCUUUCCCUGGAUGCUGACCAUGCUGGAGGAUUGGCGCAAACACGAAAGGGGUUCCCUACCAGGUCCCAUCGAACUGGCAAUCAUCAUGUACAUAAUGGCUCUUAUAUUUGAGGAACUAAAGUCACUGUACUCGGAUGGCCUGUUUGAGUAUAUCAUGGAUCUUUGGAACAUAGUGGACUACAUAUCGAAUAUGUUCUAUGUGACGUGGAUUCUUUGUAGAGCUACCGCCUGGGUUAUAGUUCAUCGUGAUCUCUGGUUUCGAGGCAUAGAUCCGUACUUCCCCCGUGAGCACUGGCAUCCCUUUGAUCCCAUGCUUUUAUCGGAGGGCGCCUUUGCUGCCGGAAUGGUCUUUUCAUAUCUGAAACUGGUCCAUAUUUUCUCCAUCAAUCCCCAUUUGGGUCCGUUGCAAGUUUCACUGGGUCGCAUGAUAAUCGAUAUUAUAAAGUUCUUCUUUAUCUACACACUGGUGCUGUUUGCCUUUGGUUGUGGUCUCAAUCAAUUGCUUUGGUACUAUGCCGAGCUCGAGAAGAACAAGUGCUAUCAUCUGCAUCCCGAUGUGGCUGACUUUGAUGACCAGGAGAAGGCCUGUACCAUCUGGCGAAGAUUUUCCAACUUAUUUGAAACUUCGCAAUCCCUUUUCUGGGUCUUUGGCCUGGUAGACCUGGUAUCUUUUGAUCUAGCUGGAAUCAAGAGUUUCACCCGCUUCUGGGCUUUGAUGUUCGGCUCCUACUCGGUCAUCAACAUCAUUGUGCUCCUCAACAUGCUCAUUGCCAUGAUGUCCAAUUCGUAUCAAAUCAUCUCGGAGAGAGCCGAUACUGAGUGGAAGUUCGCCCGUUCCCAGCUGUGGAUGAGUUACUUCGAGGAUGGCGGCACCAUUCCACCACCGUUCAACCUCUGUCCCAACGUGAAGAUGAAGAAGACUCUGGGGCGAAAGCGACCCUCACGAACCAAGAGCUUCAUGCGCAAAUCCCUGGAACGGGCACAGACCCUGCAUGACAAAGUGAUGAAGCUGCUGGUCAGGCGGUACAUUACGGCGGAGCAGAGGCGGCGGGACGAUUACGGAAUUACCGAGGAUGAUAUCAUUGAGGUGCGCCAGGACAUCAGCUCCUUGCGAUUCGAGCUACUGGAGAUUUUCACGAACAACAGCUGGGAAGUUCCGGAUAUUGAGAAGAAGUCACAGGGAGUUGCCCGAACCACCAAGGGCAAGGUGAUGGAACGUCGCAUUCUCAAGGACUUCCAGAUUGGUUUUGUGGAGAAUCUGAAGCAGGAAAUGAGCGAAAGUGAGAACGGCGCAGAUAUCUUCUCAUCGCUAGCCAAGGUCAUUGGCAGAAAGAAGACGCAGAAGGGAGACAAGGACUGGAACGCCAUUGCGAGAAAGAACACUUUCGCUUCCGAUCCCAUUGGUUCGAAGCGAUCCUCCAUGCAACGCCAUAGCCAACGAAGUCUGAGGAAAAAGAUCAUCGAGCAGGCCAAUGAGGGUCUGCAGAUGAACCAGAACCAGUUGAUUGAAUUCAAUCCCAAUCUGGGUGAUGUAACUCGGGCAACGAGAGUGGCCUAUGUCAAGUUCAUGCGAAAGAAGAUGGCUGCCGAUGAGGUUUCCAUAGCCGAUGAGGGAGGUGCUACCAAUGGCGAGGCGCAGAAGAAGCCGCUGGAUGCCGCUGGGUCCAAAAAAUCCAUAACUAGUGCUGGUGGUGGAGGAGGAGCUUCCAUGUUAGCUGCAGCUGCUCUGCGAGCCUCAGUCAAGAAUGUGGAUGAAAAGUCUGGAGACAGUGACAAGGAUAAGAAACCCGGCACUGUUAGCAAGCCCGGUGAGGCGAAGAAGCCAGGUGAUGAUAAGGAUAAGCAGCAGCCUCCCAAGGACUCCAAGCCCCCACCAGGAGGUGCCAAGCCCGGUGACCAAAAGCCAGCUCCAGCAGCAAGUGCUCCAAAGCCCCAAGCAGCUGGAAGCCAAACCAAGCCCACGGACCAGCAGAAGAAGGAUGCUCCGGCACCGCCAACCAAACCGGGAGACACCAAACCUUCAGCUCCCAAGCCCGGAGAGCCUGCAAAGCCCGAGGCAGCUGCCAAGAAAGAGGACUCCUCCAAGAGCGAACCCAGCAAGCCGGGAGCCACCAGUGGAGCAGCCAAAAGUGCAGCUCCCUCGGCUCCUUCGGAUGCCAAGCCGGAUUCCAAGCUAAAAACCGACGCAGCUGGAGCUCCAGAAGGCACCAAGGCCACCAAUGGAGACAAGAAGCCGGGUGACUCCAAGUCAGGAGAGGAUGCCAAGGACAAGAAGCCAGGUGACGAUAAGGAUAAGAAACCUGGAGAUGAUAAGGAUAAAAAGCCUUCAGACGACAAAGACAAGAAACCGGCCGACAAUAAGGACAAGAAACCGGGUGACGACAAGGACAAGAAGCCAGGAGACGACAAAGAUAAGAAACCAGAAGACGACAAGGAUAAAAAGCCGGGUGACGACAAGGAUAAGAAACCAACUGAUGACAAGGACAAGAAGCCAGGAGGCCCUCUGAAACCAGCCAUCAAAGUGGGUCAAAGCAGUGCGGCAGCUGGCGGAGAACGGGGCAAAUCCACGGUCACAGGUCGCAUGAUCUCCGGCUGGCUUUAA